CAUUUUUAUCUUAAUUGCAAAACAGUCUUUCGGUAAACCAAAUAACUUUGCAUUAUAUACCCCCCACUUUCUUGGUAAUGAUAUUAAAUACCUUUCUUCUUGAAACUUCUUUCUCUUUCUUUCUCCAUUGUAGGGCAAAACAAACAAAAAAAAGCUUCGCAAAAAUGGCGCAAAUGGCGAGGAGCAUGAGGGUCCCACCAAACUCGACUAGUUUAUCAGAAGCUAAGAAAAGGACGUUAGAAUUCUUUAGGAUGUGUUGCAGAUCAAUCCCUGAAAUUAUGGAUAUUUACAACUUAUACGAUGUUGUUACCCCUUCUCAACUUCGCUCUGCUGUUGCUUCUGAAGUUCGCAAAAAUUCCAACGUUACUAAUCCUAAGUUUGAUACGUGUCCACCGCCAUCCCAUGAUAUGCAGCGAGAGAGAGCUUGUUCAAUUGUACUCAUGACUGAUCUCUAUCGUAUAGGUAAUUGACAUGCUGCUGUUCAAGGGCAUGGAAGAGUUGAAGAACUGCGUCGACCAUUCAAAGCAGAGGCACCAUCUUGUUGGCAAAUACGUCGUAGGUAACCAAGGUCUUGUGCAGGACCUUGGACAUAAAGAUCAGGGCAUCUCUAAUUUCCUGAAAAACUUUUACAGCAGCAACUACUUUUAGAUUUCUUUUAAAGUUUGCUUUCUGUGGCGAAUAAUAAUGACGAUGCUUGCUUGCAUCUCACUCUUGUGAAUAAAUAAAUAUACCUGCUGCUUAUUGGUA